CCUCUUGUGGGUGCUCGCUGGACAACCAGGGCUGCUGGAUAGGUUGGCUAUCCCCAUCAGCCCCGGGGCCGGCUGCGGAGCCCCCUGACCGGAGCCUGGGCCCUGCCCGGGUCUGGCCACGCGCCCCGGGCAGCUUCACCUCUGCCGGGCCAGGGGCUGGUGCCUGUGCCCGCACUCCUGGCUGCGCCCCCGCGGCUGCAGCCGGGCCCGCCACGGGCCACCUCGCUGUGGAUCCCGCCGGGGCCGCCCCCCGCCGGCCCCGCCCGUUCCCGCUGCCGGUCAUGGCGGCGCUGCUGCGGCCCGGGCUGCGGGCGGCCGCGCUCCUCGCCAGGACCCCGCGGCGGGCGGCGGCGGCGUGGCCCGGGGACCCGGAGCCGCCGGACCCGGCGCUGGAGGAGGCGGAGAGGUUCCUGCGGCAGGAGCUGCCCGAAGAGUGGCCGCUGGAGCGCCUGGCCCAGGGGUUCGGCGUCAGCACCGACGUGGUGCGGCGAGUGCUGCGGAGCCGCGGCUGCCCUUCGCCGCGCCGCCGCCUGCGGCAGGACCGGCGGGCGCUGAGCGCCGUCGCGGCGGCACCGGGGCACGAGCGCGAGGUGCGCGCCCCCGACGGGACGCUGCUGUACCGACUGCCGCGGGGCUGGGGCGGGCCGGGGCCCGGCGCGCAAUAAACGGUGUUGGGACCCGCC